CGCAGCACCCGAGCCGAAGGGACAGGGACUCUCCGGGAAUUACCGAGCCCGCUUUGGCGAAGAGCACUCAUCUCUUCCUCUGAUUAUUUCAUUUUUUUUCUCUUCUCCUUCUACUUCUUCUUCUUCUUCUUCUUCUUCUUCUUCUUCUUCUUCUCCUUCUCCCCAAACACGCGAGUUCGCAAAGAUGAACGCCGGCUGCGUCAUCCUGGCGUGCGCCGUACUUGUGGGCGCCUCCUCGGGGAGUAAGGCGGGCCAGCCCCUCAAAGCCCCGUGCCGACCGGGCUUCUCCCAGAACUUCUACACGGUGAUCGUCUCCAGAGACGUUCUGCACGGCCAGAGCAUCCUCAAAGAUACCACCCUGUCCAGUGGACGUGUGAAGUUCGAGGACUGCCAGCGCAGCAGAGAGCUGGGUUUCGUCAGCAGCGACCCCAACUACAGCGUGAGGCCCGACGGGUCGGUUUACGCCGAGCAGGAGCUGGCCAACCUGUCGGAGCCCGUCCAGUUCAUGGUGACGGCCCGGGGGCUCCGCGACGCCCACAUCUGGGAGACCACCGUGAAGCUGGCCCUGGCCGGACACCCUCAUCCGUUGGCCCUGACGAAGGGUGGCAUUGAAGAAAUGCUGUCAAGAGCCUGGGACUCCCAGCCCAGAGUGAUCAAGUUCCCUCGAAGACAUCUGAGGGGCUCCUCUGCCAACGGGCUGAGGCGACAGAAGAGAGACUGGGUCAUCCCGCCCAUCAACGUGCCUGAGAACUCCCGAGGACCCUUCCCUCACAUGCUCGUCAGAAUCCGCUCGGACCAGGACAAGGCUGCCGGCAUCCGCUACAGCAUCACGGGAGCCGGCGCCGACCAGCCCCCGAGUGGCAUCUACAACAUCGACCCCAUCAGCGGCAACAUGUUUGUCACCCAGCCGCUGGACCGAGAGGAGAGGGCCUCCUUCCACCUGCGGGCGCACGCCGUGGACAUGAACGGGAACCAGGUGGAGAACCCCAUCGACCUCUACAUCUACGUGAUCGACAUGAACGACAACCGGCCCGAGUUCCUGAACCAGGUCUACAACGGCUCCGUGGCUGAGGGGUCCAAACCAGGCUCGUCUGUGAUGCAGGUGACAGCCACCGACUCGGACGACUCCACCACGGCUAACGGCAUGGUGCGCUACCGCAUCCUGUCCCAGACGCCCCACAGCCCCAUCCCCAACAUGUUCACCAUCAACAGCGAGACCGGGGACAUCGUGACGGUGGCAGCCGGCCUUGACAGAGAGAAAGUGUCCCAGUAUACCAUCAUUGUCCAGGCGACUGACAUGGAGGGCAACUUGAACUUCGGCUUGUCCAACACGGCCACGGCCCUCAUCAGCAUCACCGACAUCAACGACAACCCCCCGGAACUGACCGUCAGAACGUUCUCAGGGGAGGUGCUGGAGAACAAGGUGAAUGUGGUGGUGACCAACCUGACGGUGGUGGACAGGGAUCAGCCCCACAGCCCCAACUGGAACGCCGUCUACCGCAUCGUCAGCGGCGACCCCGCCGGACACUUCGCCAUCCGCACCAACCCCAUCACCAACGAGGGCAUGCUGACGGUGGUCAAGCCGGUGGAUUUCGAGAUGAACCGUGCCUUCAUGCUCACCGUGGUGGUUUCCAACCAGGCCCACCUGGCCAGCGGCAUCCAGUCCUCGCUCCAGUCCACGGCGGGGGUCACCAUUUCGGUCCAGGACGUGAACGAGCCGCCCGUCUUCCCCGUCAACCCCAAGAUGAUCCGCUUCGAGGAGGGCGUGCCCGCUGGCACCACGCUGACCGUGUUCGCCGCUCAGGACCCCGACCACUUCAUCCACCAGAUAGUCAGGUACUCCAAGCUGUCCGACCCGGCUAACUGGCUGAAGAUCAACAGGACCAACGGUCAGAUCACCACCAUGGCCUUGCUGGACCGGGAGUCCAUGUACGUGAAGAACAAUGUGUACGAGGCCACGUUCCUGGCGUUCGACAAUGGUAAGUCGGGCUCGCCUCAAGCCAGCGGGACGGGAACCCUCCAGAUCUACCUGAUCGACGUGAACGACAACGCGCCGGUGCUGAUACCCAGGGAGUCCCAGGUGUGCGCGCUCGCCCGUCCCAACUCCAGGGUCAACAUCCACGGCGGCGUGACGCCGCACGCCGACCCCAACGUGGGGCCCUUCGUCUUCGAGCUGCCUUCUUUCCCCGCCAGCGUCCGCCGCAACUUGACCAUCUCCCGACUCAGCGGGGACUACGCUCAGCUGAGGCUAAAGCUGCCUUACCUGGAGGCGAGCGUGUACGAGAUCCCCGUCAUCGUGUCCGAUUCGGGGAACCCUCCUCUGUCCAACCGCUCCGUGAUUCGGGUCAAAGUGUGCCACUGCGACGACAACGGGGACUGCAGCGCCACGGGGGCGGUGGCGGCCGCCGGCCUCGGCACCGGGGCCAUCAUCGCCAUACUCAUCUGCAUCAUCAUACUGCUCACCAUGGUGCUGCUGUUCGUGGUGUGGAUGAAGCGCAGAGAGAAGGAGCGCCAGGCCAAGCCGCUGCUGAUCGACCCCGAGGACGACGUCAGAGACAACAUCCUCAAAUAUGACGAGGAGGGAGGAGGAGAGGAGGACCAGGACUACGACCUGAGCCAGCUGCAGCAGCCCGAGUCUUUGGACCACAUCAUCAGUAAGCCGGCGGGGGUGCGCCGGGUGGACGAGAGACCAGUGAUCGCCGAGUCCCAGUACCCCGUCAGACCCAGCCUGCCCCACCCUGGAGAUAUAGGAGACUUCAUUAAUGAUGGUCUGAGGGCGGCGGACAACGACCCCACGGCGCCCCCCUACGACUCCCUGCUGGUGUUCGACUACGAGGGCAGCGGUUCAACCGCCGGAUCCGUCAGCUCGCUGAACUCCACCAGCUCAGGGGACCAGGACUACGACUACCUCAACGACUGGGGCCCCCGGCUUAGAAAGCUGGCCGACCUCUACGGGGGAGGGGACGACGACUGA